AUGGCACUGGGAUCGCGUUUGACACGUCAUUUUUUUGCUCGUUCCGAGCGUGUGAAGGGCGUUGAUCUGCAUCCCUCAGAGCCUUUGCUGGUGUGUGCACUUUACGACGGCCACUUGAAGGUGUACAAUUAUUCCUCCUUGCAGCUUCUUGCAGAGUUGGAUGCCUCGCCGUUGCCGCUGCGGACGGCGGCAUUUAUUCCUCGGCGAGACUGGGUAGCUUGCGCAGGAGACGACUGCACGAUCCGCUGUUUCUCACUGAACACCCAAGAGAAGCUGCACGAAUUACCGAAUGCGCACAAGGAUUACAUUCGCCACCUCGCUGUCCAUCCGUCGAAAGGUCUUGCUUUGUCUAGCAGCGAUGACAUGACAAUAAAGCUGUGGGAUGUAGACGAGAACUGGAGUCGCCUCUGCUCCUUCGAAGGGCAUGCGCAUUAUGUCAUGCAAACGGCAUGGAGUCCAAGAGAUCUCACACUCUUUGCCUCGUGCUCUCUAGACCGAUCCAUUCGCGUGUGGGGGAUUGGAUCAGUGGUGGGAGCUGGAAAGGCUUCCUCGGGGGGGGGCGGCAGCAGCACUGCAGUGGUCACGAAUGCUCAUUUCUCCCUCUUAGGCCAUGAGCGGGGUGUGAAUGCGAUUGCAUACUCAACCUCGGGAGAAAGGCCAUACUUAGUUUCGGGAGCUGAUGAUGCAACAGUUCGCGUGUGGGACUAUCAGACGAAGCAGUGUAUUCAGGUGUUGCGGGGACACAGCAAAAAUGUGUGUGCAGUGCUGUACCCUUGCGGGGGGCCGCAUGCGUUGCCUGUGAUGUUUUCUGGUGGAGAAGACGGGAAGCUCUGUGUCUGGCAUUCCUUGACGUACAAGGAAGAAGCAGGCAUGGAUCUUGCUCUUGAUCGCAUUUGGACUCUCUCUGCAAGACCUCCUGGAGGAGCAGCAGAGGGUGGUCUAGGAGGUCUUGUUGUUGCUGUUGGCAGCGAUGCAGGCACCUUGGUGCUCAAGAUGGGCAAGGACGGAGCCGUGGUCUCCUCGCACGGGGGCAAGGCAGUCGUGGCGCGAGGAUUUGAGCUGCUGCAGCUCAAUUUAAAGCUUUUAGAUGAACCUUUUGCUGACGGAGAGAAGGUGCAGUGCCCGGCAAAAGAGAUUGGAAACUCAGACAUCUUUCCACAAAGUCUCUCGCAUCACCCAAACGGCAGAUUUCUCGCAGUCAUAGGCGACGGGGAAUACGUCAUUUACACGGCGCAGGCGUUGCGAAGCAAAGCGUUUGGGCCUUGUGAGGCUUUCUGUUGGUCGUUGGAGAAUCAUUAUGCCGUCCUCGAAAAGGGGAACAGGGUCAAGAUCUAUUGCAACUUUGAAGAGGCAUACAACUUCACACCGCCGUUUGCAGUUGAGGAGCUGUUUGGGGGCUUCCUGUUAGGGCUGCGCAGUGACGACUCAAUUUCCUUCUACGACUGGACUAGCUACAGGCUUAUACGGAAGAUCGAGGUGUUUCCUACUGCCGUGUAUUGGGCACCUAACGGGAUGCACGUAGCCAUAGUUGCGCGGUUGGACCGUCUGUAUAUUCUGCGCCAUGACAAGUUUGCAGUGAUGGCAGCAAACACCGCACAAGCCCUUGAGGAGGAAGGCGGCAUUCCAAUUGCUUUCGAGCUUGUUCAUCAGGCGAACGAAAGCGUCAGCAGCGGCCUUUGGCUCUCAGACUGCUUUUUGUAUAUCACGCGCAACUGCCGUCUGCGCUGUUACUGCGGGUGCCGCAUCCAAACUUUGCACACGCUGGAAGCUCGCGAGUUGCGAAUUCUUGCCGUCAUUCCCGAGCAAAAUAGGAUUUUCCUUAUCAGCCCAAGCCACGCCCUCUACGUCUACUCUCUGAACCAAGCCUCCAUUCAGUAUCAGGUGGCAGUAGCCAGAGGCGACUUGGAGAGUGCCAAGGCAAUAUUUCCUCAGCUUCCCGUUGAAGCAUAUGACGAAGCGGCUAGAGCGCUGCAAGCUCACGGCUACGCCGAAGAGGCUUUGGAAGUUGCUCGGGAUGAACAACUCCGCUUCGAGCUAGCGCUUGCUAUUGGAGCCCUCUCUCUGCUGGCUGUGCACUUGCAUGCGGUCUUUAACUUUCCACACAUGCAACUCUCCCUUGCGAUCCUGUGGAAACUGCUGCUGCUCUCGCAGUGUGCUGAGUUGAUUCGGAGCAGCACCAGCGCUCCCGCAGUGCAGAGACAGCGAUGGGCUGCCGUUGGCGAUGCAGCCUUGCAGAAAGGAUAUUUUUCUCUCGCUGCAGCAGCCUUCUGGGAGUGCAAGGACUAUCCUAGCCUGCUGUUGAUGUACAGCAGCAGCGGCGAUGUGGAGCAUCUUCGCCAGCUCGGUGAAGCAGCAGCUGCAGCGCGACAGCAGCAAAUCGCCUUCGUGUGCUUCCUGCUCACGCAUCAGCUAGGUGAUUGUGUGAAGCUGCUACUGACGGCGGGUAGAGCUCCCGAGGCUGCUCUCUUUGCUCGCACGUACUGCCCCUCCGCUAUCGAAGACGUCGUGAAGGCUUGGAGAGAGGCACGAACUGACGCGGCAGAGGCGACUGCUGCUGCUGCUGCUGCUGCAACGCAUACCGACACAAAGACUUCCUCCAAGACAAACAAAGAAGGCGUCGAGCAGAAACGAGUAAUUCUUGCCUUUGGGAAAGUAGCACAGUUUGCUGAGCGUGCUACGGCAGUGCAGCUGCCAGCUUUUCCUUUCGAACGGCCUGAAGCAUUCCCAAAGUUGGAAUUAGCUAAGCAAGCUGAAUCUGUGCUAUCCGAGUUCUACUGCCGUCAAGUGCCUGGAUCCUCCUACUUGAAGGUACAGGAUCUCCUCGAGGCAGAUAUCCUGCAGACUAUCGAAGAAGGAGGCUCAGAGGCUGUAAGUAAUGGCUUUGUUUACUGUUGUUUUUGA